AUGGAGAAUACUACAGGGGAUGCCCCAUCUGAAUGGUAUCGAGAAGAAGAACACAUCGGUUACGAUGUAGAUGGUCGUCGAAUAUCCAAGCGUCGAUGGAAUGACUCGAUCGAAAACCUGCUCCACACGAUUGACGAUCCAAGCUAUUGGCGAAAGGUUUUCGAUGAAAAAGAAGACCGUGAAAUAAGCCUUUCUCGUGCUCACGUCGAGCUCAUACAACGACUCCGUAGCGGUGCUUUUCCAAAAAGCUCGUCCAGUAGCGACCUGAAACACGAGCAAAACCAUGGAAUUGCAGAGGUGGCGUGGCAAAUCAAUCAUGAACCAAAACGUCGUUUUAUCCCAUCAAAAUGGGAAGCAAAACUGGUUUUGCGGAUCGUUCGCGCACUCCGGGCGCACGCAACACCGAACGCACUGCAAUCUAAUACCGUUGAACAAAAAAUGAUUUGGGAGGCAGAAGAUGCUUCCCAAAGAUCGACACGAGAUCAUACAUACCUGCCCGCCCAAAAACCGAAGAAGCCAAACCACGCGGACUCUUACAACCCUCCGUUUGAGUAUCAAAUCAAUGACGAGGAUGCACCGGGAACGAAUGGGCAUGAUAAUCAUGCCACACGCACGCUUUUCAAUGCAUUACGUCGAGUUCCGUCUUAUUCAGAAUUUGUUGUCGAAAGGUUUCAACGCUGCCUCGAUUUGUAUUUGUGUCCGCGGGUGAAAAAGCACCGUCUCCAUGUUCGACCGCAAGACAUUCUGCCCCCUUUGCCAAGCCCAAAGGACUUAAAACCAUUCCCAAGCUCGAAUUGUUUGAAGUUUACUGGUCACGAGGACAAAGUUCUCUCCAUCGCGAUUGAUCAUUCAGGACAAUGGUUACUUUCUGCCUCCGAAGACUGCAGCAUACGCAAAUGGGAGAUAUCGUCAAGUCGGUGUAUCUCUGUUUGGCGCUUUCGCGAUAUUGUCAAAUCCGUGGCUUGGUGCCCAAGUCCAAUGGCCAACACAUUUUCAGCGUGUGUCGCAUCUGAUAUUGUGCUACUAAAGUCGACACGAGCCUCAGGAAGCGUUCCGUUACUAAGUUCACACCAUUCCGUUCACUCGAAGGUUGAGAAUUCAAAGUUGCCAGAGUGGAAAGAAAGAGACGGUGAAAUGAUUGUACACCUUGCUUCUGAUGUGUCGAAGGUGACCUGGCAUAAAAAAGGAGACUAUUUUGCAUCAUUUAUGAUUGGUGGUAACAACGUCAUGAUCCACAGAAUGUCAAGGAGAACUUCUCAGCUGAUAUUCCGUGAUCAAAAGUUCCCGAUACAGAGCGUCAUGUUUCAUCCAUAUCGCCCAUUUAUGCUGAUCUGCACACGAACGUGUGUCUACCUGUAUGAUCUAAAUAAGCAAAGCCUUAUCAAGAAAUUAUCGAGUGGAAAUCAAACUUUGAGCUGCAUGGCAGUGCAUCCCGGUGGGGAUAAUCUUAUUAUCGGAACCGAUCUCGGCAGACUCGCAUGGUUUGAUCUUGAUCUAGCCACUUCGCCGUAUAAAGUCAUGGCCACACAUGCAAGCGCAGUUAAGGGUGUCGCUUUCCAUGCCAAGCUUCCCCUGUUUGCAUCGGUCUCAGACGAUGCGACGACCCAAGUAUUUCACGGCAUGGUCCACGCGGAGCUUGAUCAAAACACACUGAUAGUUCCGCUGAAGAUUCUCCGGUAUACCUCCGAGAGCAACUGUGAUGGAGUUUUCGACUGCGUCUUCCACCCGACUCAGCCUUGGUUAUUUACUGCUGGUGCUGACCGAUCGAUAUUAUUGGUCUGUGAUGAUAACUGA